AUGUCGACCAAGAAACCCCCCUCCGGGCCCGACCAGUCUCGCAACGAAUACAUUCCGUCUUUCAUUUCCAAGCGACCAUUCUGGGCUGAAACAAGCUCAGACGCCGACUACCUCGAACACCAGCGUCUGCAGUCCGCAUCAAAAGACACUCUCGACACAGCGAAAUGGUACGACCGCGGGCGCAAAGCCGGGCCGGCCUCGACGAAAUUCCGCAAAGGCGCCUGCGAGAACUGCGGUGCCAUGACACACAAGACGAAAGACUGUCUUUCUCGGCCUCGCAAGGCUGGCGCGCGCUGGACAGGCCGUGACAUACAAGCCGACGAGGUGAUAGAAGACGUAAAACUCGGCUGGGACGCCAAACGAGAUCGCUGGAAUGGCUACGAUCCACGCGAGUAUGCCGCAGUCGUGAAAGAGUACGAAGAUCUCGAAGCCCUCAAGAAGAGCGCCGCCACUUCCAAUGGAACAACAUCAACACCCGACGCCGGAACAGAAGCCGAUGACGCAGAUGCCAAAUACGGCGAAGAGACGGACAUGGGUCGUUCACAACCUACAUCGACCCGACAACUGCGGCUGCGUGAAGACACGGCCAACUACCUGAAGAAUUUGGACCUCGACUCCGCCAGAUACGACCCCAAGACGCGGACGAUGGACACGUCGGCGCCCGAGCUGUCGAACAAUGGCGAAGUCGAUGUCUCCGACGGGUUCGUGCGUCCUGCGACCGACGAUGCUGCCGAGUUUGAGCGAGCGCAGCGCUACGCAUGGGAGACACAGGAGUCUGGAGGCGGCUCAUCGACCAAGAAACUCCAUCUCCAAGCGAAUCCGACCGAAGGCGAGAUCCUCCGGAAAAAGCAGACCCAAGAGUCGGCCGAGAAGAAAGCCGCAGCCCGCAAGGCCCUGCUGGACAAGUACGGCGGCGACGAAUACAUCAAGGCAUCGCAAGCCAAGAAGAUCCCCCAGGUUGUGUCCUCCGAACGCUAUGUCGAGUAUGACGAAUCAGGACACAUCAAGGGCCAAGAACGGACGGUGUCGAGGUCAAAGUACCCCGAGGAUAUUCUCACAAACAACCACACCAGCGUGUGGGGUAGUUGGUGGCACAAGUUCACAUGGGGAUAUGCGUGCUGCCACAGCACCGUCAAGAACAGCUACUGCACAGGCGAAGCAGGGUUGUUGGCGUUCGAAGAGGCCGAGGGUCGAAGAACCGGCGAGACACUCUUGUUGGAGAAUGGUGCCGGGGAGGAGCAAGCUCAGGCUGAAUCUCACGAGAGUCGUGACUCGAGGCGGGAACAGCUACCAGUGGAGGACAAUGCCAAUGACCAGGCUGGGACGGCGGCGACAAAAGCUGUACCGCCAAGGGCGAAAAAGAGAACCCUCCAAGAACUCCAAUCGGGCAUCUCAGAAGAGGAACUCGAGUCGUACAAGAGGAAUCGUGUGGCCGAGGAUGAUCCCAUGGCCUCCCUGCUCGGGAAGGAUGAAUUAGUUAAUCUUUGA